CCAAUAGGGACGACGGCGUGGAGGUGUCGGAAGUGCACCCGCGCAAGGGCGACACGCUGCUGCAUCUGAUGUGCCAGAGCCAGAGCUUCGGCGAGGACAUGGCCCACGUCUUCAAGCGCGUGGCUGCGGUGGCCCCAGCAGGUCUCUUCCUGAAGGUCAACGGCAUGGGCCUCACCUUUCUGCAGUUGGCGGCCUCGUCCCUCAACUUCUGGGUGCUAACAUUCAUGCUGCGCAAUUUCCAGGACCAGGCCCGCGCCCUCGUCUGCAACCCGAGCCAGGCGCCGCUGCGGGGCAUGGCGAGGCUGCUGCCGCAGCCCUCGCGGCCCGCCCUCGGCGCACAGGAGCAUUUCCCGCCUCACUUCCGCGUCGCGGAGAUGCUGCAGCCGGACGACACUGGCGUCGUGCCCUACGCCGACGUGGCCUUCGACGUGGGCCCCGAGGGCGGCGUGGGCCGCUUCCUGGCGCACCGCAUCGUGGUGGUGGCACAGAGCCCGGUGCUCCUGGAGUCGCUCGAGAAGCUGCCGCUGACCGCGCUGCCGCGCGAGAAGAUACGGGCGGCCGUGCUGCGCAUCGACCCGCGCAUCUCCCAGGAGGUGUGGAGGAGCGCGCUGCAGUUCAUGUACACCGGGGUGGUCAGCAUCACCUACGCAGACAACGUGGAGAAGGUUGUCGAGCUGCUGCGCGCGUGCGUGCUCUACCAGCUGCCGCGCCCGCUGCUGGACGCGGCGCAGAGCCGCCUGUACCCGCUGCUGCCCGGCUUCCCGCCGCAGGUGGCGCUCCAGGUCUUCUCCAUCACCUCCGGAUCCGGCGUCUCGGAGGACCCGGACCUGCGGCCCGCACGCGAGGCCUCCGCGCACAUCCUCAUCCCGCCAGCGGGCGAGGGGCGGCUCGGGGACCUGAGACCCCGGGGAGGCCUGCCAGAUCCUGUUGCUCGUGGUGCGCACCAUGGAGCACGCGGUGUUCCACCCCGCGACCACUCCCGGCGCCGAGGGCGGGUCGCCGCCGCAGCAGGCCCAACAGGGCGUCGCGCACGACAUCCUGUCGCAGAGCCUCUCUCAGAGCAUGCGCCUGCCGCAGCCGCCGUGGCAUGCGGGAUCGCCGUGCGGCUCCGGCGCGGGACUGCCGCCGCUGGACGAGGUGAAACCCUACGUGGGCCCGAUGUCCGGGGGCCUCGCCACAUCGCCUGCCAGCGGGUUCUCCGCGCCCGCCGCGACGGCAGCCUUUGGCGCCGCGCUGGCCGGCCCGUUGGGCAGCGGCCAGG